GUGUUCACUGUUCCAUUUUAUUAAUAAAAUUUUCACUCCUUUCAUUUUUUUUGUUUUUUUUUUUUGUUCACUGUAAUUUUAAUUACUUUUUCAGACUGUUUAUCGACACCUUAUCUCUGUAUGUGUGCGUGCGUAUGUAAGUCAGUGUCUCUGCCCCAGUACGCAUGCAGUAUAUUUUAUUAUACGUGUACUGUUGAAGACGGAUGACGAAUUCGUUUUGGACGGAAUAGGACGUCCAUACAGAUCACUACUGCAGUUAAAACUAAAAUGCAAUAAUUAUCAUAAUAAAAUUAGUAUUUCGAACAACAAAACAUCGUCUGCGACCAUCUCGAAGUAAAACUAUAAGGUCUGGCCGUGUCGUCGUUAUCUAGUCCGCGACUGCGGCGUUGUGUGUUAUCGAUCUUAGGAUGACAAUAACGAAGAAGAUAAAGCGUUUAAGACCACUUUGGAGAACGUUGCAAAUACUAUAUUAUACUUAAAAUUUUUAUCAUACAUUAGUAUAUGAAGAAAGUGUUGAUAAUACAUCAUUAAAAAUGCCAGCGAUUCCAAGGCCUGGAAGUUUAAAAGAUCCAGAAAUAGCAGAACUUUUUGAUAAAGACGACCCAGAUAAAAUAUUUGAGGACUUACGAGAGAUUGGGCACGGAAGUUUUGGUGCUGUAUAUUAUGCAAGAUGUUUAUUAACAAAGGAGAUAGUUGCCAUAAAAAAGAUGUCUUACCUAGGCAAACAAAGUAUGGAAAAAUGGCAAGAUAUAUUGAAAGAAAUAAGGUUUCUAAGGCAUCUUAGUCAUCCAAAUACAAUAGAAUACAAAGGGUGUUUUUUACGAGAUCACACUGCUUGGUUGGUAAUGGAAUACUGUUUGGGCUCUGCCUCAGAUAUUAUAGAAGUGCAUAAGAGACCUCUUAUGGAAGAAGAAAUUGCUGCUAUUUGUGAUGGUGUUUUAAAAGGUCUUAAUUAUCUUCAUUCCUUAGGUCGUAUACACAGAGAUGUAAAAGCAGGAAACAUCUUAUUAACAGAAAAUGGCACAGUUAAACUUGCUGAUUUUGGUUCUGCCAGUACAAAAUGUCCAGCUAACAGUUUUGUUGGCACUCCAUAUUGGAUGGCACCUGAAGUUAUAUUGGCUAUGGAUGAAGGGCAAUAUGAUGGAAAAGUUGAUGUUUGGUCAUUGGGUAUAACAUGUAUUGAAUUAGCCGAAAGAAAACCUCCAUAUUUUAAUAUGAAUGCAAUGAGUGCUCUGUAUCAUAUUGCACAGAAUGAUACUCCUACUUUACAGUCAUCUGAAUGGACAGAUACAUUUCGUCACUUUGUUGAACUGUGUUUACAAAAAAAUCCUUGUGAACGCCCAUCAUCAACUAAACUGUUAACACAUCAGUUAUUAGUCCGUUCAAGAUCACCUCAUGUUUUAAUUGAUCUUAUUCAAAGAACAAAAGCUGCUGUACGUGAUUUAGAUAACCUUAAUUACAGAAAAAUGAAGAAAAUUCUUAUGGUAGACUCUUAUGAAACUGAAAGCACUGUCGGUGACACUGAUGGAGGCGAGAGCAGUAAAAGUAAUAGUAUCACUUCUGAGCAUUCAAUACAGUCAAUUGGUGUCAGUGCUUCUUCUCACAGUAGUUCGACCAAUAGUACACCGAACAUGAAUGAAAUAACCAAUAUGAGCACAAAUGACCAUUAUCCACCUGCUAGAAAUCGUCAUAAACUUCCAAAUAACAAUUCUAAUUCUAUUGUAUCUAAUGAUCAUGUGGCUACUGGAGGUGCCAAUAACUUUGCAACAAUUCGAACAACAUCAAUAGUCACAAAACAACAAAAAGAACAUAUGCAGGAAGAAAUGCAUGAACAAAUGUCAGGGUAUAAACGAAUGAGAAGAGAACAUCAAGGCGCAUUAUUAAAACUUGAAGACAAGUGUAAACUUGAAAUGGAAAGUCAUAAACAGCUUUUAGAUAAAGAGUAUGAAACAUUAUUGCAACAAUUUAGCAAAGAACUAGAAAAACUUCAAAUCAAACAUCAACAAGAAUUAGAAAAAAAGAUGAAACAAAAUGUUGCUGCUGAAAAGAAAAUUAUGAAAGAAAUAACCAAUCGACAAGAAGCUGAUCGCAAAGCAUUUGAUACUCAAAAAAAAAAAGAAUAUAAGACCAAUAAAGAGCGAUGGAAACGUGAAUUAUCUUUGGAUGAAUCCACGCCUAAACGUCAAAGAGAUCUUGCUUUACAAAAUCAAAAAGAUAAUCUUAAACAAAUGGAAGCUCAAGAGGAAUUCAGACUUGUUCGAGGUCAAAAAGACUAUUUGGAACUUGAAAUUAGAAAAUUCCGUAGAAAAAGGCUGAAUCAAUUCCAUUUGUUUGAACAGGGAUUAUUAAGAGAAGAACUUGGUAAAAGGCAACAACAGCUAGAAACAGCUCAUUCCAUGUUAUUACGACAUCACGAAGAUACUAGAAAUCUUGAAACAAGGCAACAACGAGCUGUUCAUGCUUUACGCGGUGAUCAAGUCACAAGACAACAUGAAACUGAGUUACAACAUCAACAUGAUUAUUCAACGCGUGCUCAUCGUGAUUUACGUAAAAGACAUGCAAUGCAGUUAAGACAGCAACCUAAGAGUCUUAAACAAAAAGAAAUGCAAAUUCGGAAACAGUUUAGAGAAACUUGUAAAACUCAAACUAGACAGUACAAAGUAUUAAAAGCUCAAGUACUGGCCACUACUACCAAAGAUGAACAGAAAUCUGUAAUAAAGAAAUUAAAAGAAGAGCAAAGAAGAAAGUUAGCAUUGCUUGGAGAACAAUACGAACAAAGUAUUGCUGAGAUGUUACAAAAACAAUCCAUACGACUUGAUGAAUCGCAAGAAGUAGAGUGUCAUGUUCUUAAAGAGCGUUUAAGAUAUGAACUUGAAAUAUUAAUAGCCUAUCAGUCUAAAAACAAGAUGCAAGCUGAUGCUCAAAGAAAUCGUGAAAAAAAAGAAUUGGAAGAUCGCAUUUCAGUUCGAAGAUCAUUGUUAGAACAAAAGAUGGAAAUGGAAACCUCCCAAUUUCUUCAAGAGCGUGGAGAACGGAUUCGUCUUCUCCGUGAAAAACAAGAAAGAGAACUAGAACAGUUUGAUGAAGAAUCAGCUCACUUCGGAUUUAGUGCUCUAGCAAUUUCUGAGGCAUCAACUUUGGAACAAGAUAGCUUAUCUGGGAGUAUGCUUAGUUUAGCACGCAGUAACAGUACUAAUUCUUUUCAUGAUGGGAAUCUAUAGCUCAUUCAUUAUUAUGUAAAUAAAUUUAUUAUCUGCCUUUUUAACAGCUUUUUAAUAUUUACACAUAUCAAAUGAUAGACAAAUUUUCAUUUAAACUUUGUUCUACUUAAAUACUUUUAUUAUACUCAGUAUUAGAAAGCUUAAUUAACAGAUCGAAAUUAACAUAUUUUCUUGAAAACAA